AAUUCUGUUUUAACACCAGGAAUGUCUACUCAGAAGUCCAUUAUUUAUGCCACGAUCAGCAGAAAAGAUGUGGUUCUUUGCGAGGAAACUUUAGGUACCGCUGAUAAGAAAUCAACCGGUAACUUUGCUCAGAUCACGCAGAGUCUUCUUACGAAGUUCCCUGCUCAACAGAAACAAAACUUCCACUAUGAUAGCCGAUACGAUUUCUCUGUACUCAACCAGAGAGGAAUUGCGUAUGUUGCCAUGACAGACAGAGAUAUGCCGUUGCGAAUCGUUUUUAAUUUCCUGACUGAAAUGGCUGAGAAUUUCACUGCCACUUAUGGAGACCGUGCUAAGACCGCUCAGGCGUUUGCUAUGUCGGAUUUCUCCUCUACGAUCGCCCAGCUGAUGAAGAAGUGGAACGACCCCAACGCCGACGCUGCGACGCGCGUGCAGCAGAAACUGGAUGCAGUGAAGGGCGUAAUGAUCGACAACAUCGACAAGAUCAUCGAUCGUGGUGAGAAGCUGGACAUUAUCGUGGACAAGACCGAUGCUCUGGCGGAUACAGCCGACUUGUUCCGCUCGGAUGCGCAGAAAUUGAAGUGCGAAAUGCUGAAGCAGAAGCUGAAGCUGUACGGAAUUAUCGCCGCUAUUAUCAUUAUUAUCAUUCUCAUUAUCGUAAUCUCCAACUCUGGUUCUAAGUGGUUUGUUUGUUUGAUACAUUCGAUGGGAAGUGGAUGA